ACACGGGAUAACUUAAAUGCAGGCAAACGUUCGCACGGCGACAACAGUCAUGAUGACGUAACUUGUCUUUGAACGAAACGUGAAAAUGGCGUGUGACGUCACGCGAUUAUGCCCGGGGUGGGUUGACGACCGCCAGUCGCCAUCUUGCCUGUUUAAUAUUCAACACGCUUUUACUGUUGACGUUACUUUUUUACAUUACAAGAAUAAGGAAUAACCCAUUCUUCUGUUUGUAAGGUAAUUCAAAAAAUGUAUAGUGGUAUAAAGUGGUUUCCAGCUACGAGGCACCGUCAUUUAAGUUGAGCAUUCGAUGUAAUGAAAUGCAAAUGCAAAUGCAAACAAGGAUAUCAGCUAUAAAACAUACAAAUAUCGCGGUUUGCACAACGCUAUUGUUGUUUGGAAGUGUACACUGAACAAUUUGCUUUCAGGAAAGAAGAAAAACCUGAAGUUGAGGGAAAUGGACACCAGGAGGAGUUGAAAGCAUGAUAAAAUGAGGUUAGAGGAGUCAGCGUGACGCAGCCAAGGCGCCAAUCCGCGAGUGGAACACUAACACCUGCCGGCUUCGUCUCCCCGCCACUCGCCGGUCUUCUCCCUUCUCACGACAACUGAGCUCGGCUCUGCAGUGCAGUGCAGGGGCUGUGUCGUUGUAUGGAAGCAGAGUCUGCCCGCACUACCGUGGUCAUGCUGCCCCCCAAGACCUGCCUGCCCAGGAACUACAGCUGCAUAGCAGGGCUCUUUGGCAGCCUGGCAGCGGCGAAUCCACGCCUGGAAGAUGGCGAGGAUUUGGACAUCAUGAACGGCACUUGUGAGCCCAUCGAGAGCCCAGUGGUGGACGAGAGACCGCGAGGCCGGGAGACCUUCCUCAAACCCCCGCAGAGCCCCAACCUACGCCGAAGAUGCAAGUCUCUACCCACUCCUACAGAGAGGGCAAAGUUGGAAAUCUCCCGCAGCAGAAGUCCAACAAGUCAGAAAAAGGUCCGCUUUGCAGACUCCCUGGGUCUGGAGCUCAUCUCCGUGAAACACUUCGACGACUCAGACGAGCCGGAAGUUCCCGAUCGUAUUUUGGCCAAGUUACCCAAAUCCACAGACUUUAAUCACAUGGCCACUAAAUUUCCACGAGCUCCUCCACAGUCUGUCUUCAUGGAGCUGCAAUUUACAAGCCCAGGCACCAUCCCCGGCUUCGAGCAGAAAGUUCGCGAGGUGAAAGUCCUGUUGGAGAGAGUGGAGACAGACGAGUUCAGCCUCUCCGGCUUUGUUCGCGUCUUAAACCUGGCCUUCGAGAAGAGCGUCUCUUUGCGAUACUCCCUCAACAACUGGCUCACCUUCAUGGACAGUUUGGCAUCUUACGUGCCCGAUUCAAGCGACGGUGCCACGGAUAAGUUCUCCUUCAAGGUGGUCAUGCCUACCUACAUGGAGAAUGGAGGCAUGCUGCAAUUUGCUAUAAAAUACACGGUCGGCGGCCAGGAGUUUUGGGAUAAUAACAACGGGAAUAACUACAAAGUGCGGCGUCACCGGUUCAAAAUGUCGCCACCAAAGGAAUGGGAAAACGGAUGGAUCCACUUUAUAUAAGAUCUGUUUCACUUUGCGUGCGUAUAUUUUGCGCCAUUGCUCCCCCCGUACCUUAAUUACGACUAACGUUUAUAUGGACGCUUAAUUUCUGCCAUAAUCUGAGUAUAUGGAUUUGUAGCGUUGAGUGUAUAGGGCAUUUGACGUGCCCGUUGGGGUGUAAACUGCCUUCAUGUCAGGGCUCUGUACAACUCGGUGCCCUUUGGGGGCACGUCCUCGUUAUGUAACAUGAAAGCACGUGACGGGCAAAAAACGUGCUGGUUCAUGCUGAUCACAGCCUUUUCAGGAGAUGCAGUAGGUUUCAUUAGUGAUGUGAGUUGUCAAUUUAUGCAGUGAUAUGGCUCAUAAAUAGGCACUAAACAUGUACCGUGGGAGUGUAUGUCAUGCAAGAAUUGCUUGCACGCAUUGGGAAGGGAGUACUCAAGGUGUGAGACCAAUCUUUUAAUUAUAUUCCAAAAAGUAUUUCUGCCUAUUUAGCCUGUUAAGUCACGCCAUUGAAAUGCCUUAGCUGAGCAUGUGAUGGGAAGGACGGUACAUCGAUAAAUAUUUCUAAUUGUGAUCAUUGUUACUCUGCAUCUUUUUUGAGCACUUCAGCAGAGCUCCAUGUCAGUGCAUUUUGGUUCAUUUCACUGUAUCUAAAACACUGUGACAAAGUGUAGAUUUGAAUUGUUUGUGUCAUCAUUUUCAAAUACACUUUCAAGUAGCAUUUUAGGUUAGGUCAACCACAAGGCUUCUGUGGGUGUUUUUGUCUUUGGGUGCAAACAGAUGUUAUUUUUGAAGUAUUUUUUUAACAGAUACAUUCUACUACUUGUGCACUUUUGCAAUUCAAGGCUAUUUUUCAAUGAAGAAAAUCAAAAGUAUAUAGCAGAUCAGUGUUAAACUAAUUCUUGUUGUAAGUGCAAUGCUCCCCAACAUUUCACCAACUGUCUCUAGCCUUGCGCUAUGUCAAGUAUAAGUCUAAAUUGUCUUCCAAUUCCCCUCAAACACUUAUGAUGAAAGACUUCAGGUUUCAGAGCAGUUGCUCGCCAUCAUCUUUGUUUGUGAAAGUAAAGUCAGAACACUGUAAAAUUCACAGACCAUGGUGUUGUUUACAUUCUCGCAGUGUCACGAGGGAGCUCUUCGUGUAAUGAUACCAUUUGGUUUACGUGAACGUAAACAAAAAACUUUUUCCGGUAGGUACUUAGCUAUUGGAUCAUUUCCACUUUGAAGCGUUGAGUCUACUUAGUCAAAAUGCCUUGUGGUUCAAUAUGGGACAGCUGUACAAGGUUGCUAAAAUGAGAGUGAGGCACUCUGAGAUAAUACAUGCCUCGCUUUCCUUACUGUGCACAAAAAUAUGUGUAUAAGAAAAUGUGAUGUGUGUGUAAAGGUCAGCCACAGGUGAUAUUGUAAAAGUAACUAAUAUUGUAUUGGUAGGGAAUUUAGCACGGUGCAUCAUGAUGGCAAAGUUCAGAUAAGUCAACAUCAGUAUCAGUACAACAAGACAUUGUUGUACAGUAGCUUGACUAUUGUGAUACUUCCCACUGUGAUAUGUUUCCCACUACAAUUGACAGUUUAAUUUUACAGAACCAACACGUAUCAGUGAAGUAUUACCGUCUUUUGAUACCCAUGAAUGGGUUUUGUCUUCAGUUGAUUUUCCCUUCCCUGUAAAUGUAAUACUUUUCAUCAGUGGCCACUGAUAUAUAUGGUUAUGUACUGUACGUAAAUAUGUUAAUGUCUCAGUGAAUGUCAUAUUACUGUAUGUGAUGUGUAUUUGAUGCAUUUAAAAACAGUUUUUAGAGAUACAGGUGGCUGACGUUUGUUGUGUAGUUUGAAUAUACGCCCUUACCUGAAAGCACACAAUCUGAUGUUGUCAAGUAAGUGAAAACAAGGGUUGAAGAUAAUAAAUUUUAGGAUAUUUUUUAAAGAAGUCAUAUAAGGGAGAUGUUUUGCAACAUCAAAGGUGAACGUCGCCUUACUGAGAGUUUAUCAGUCAAUGGAAUGAAACGUGAAAGCUUGUAAGUGCUUGUUUGUGAAGAAAGUGUGAUUGCAAGUGGAUGGUAAUGUAGCCAAUGACAAGCGUCAAAUACUUUGGUGUAUUGCAACUAGUCUGAGCGACUUAUGAUUGUAGCAGGUACUGAGUGAACUCAGUCAGCACCGGUUUAAUGCACUUUGAAAUGACAGUGAAAAGGCAAUGUUGACAGUCUAUUAAUAUAAAAAUACAUAUAAAAGCUUCUCUUGUGACUAAUUUAUUACCAACAUUAUAUUUUAUGUUCUCCCUCUGGGAUAGCCUUGACCAUAUUUGUCAAAUUAGGGAACCGUGCUUAUUUUCCUAUGCAAACAUUUUAAUUUUCUGACAUCUGCUAUGUCUUUACCUGUACUGUUUGCGCUGAAUGUUAUUCAUGUCUGCAUGCAUGCACAACUGAAACAACCCUUUGUCUGUUUAACCAUAGAACCACUAUUUUAUUAAAC